AGCUUACAAGGAAUCAACAAUGCCUCGCUAUGAUGAUAAGUAUGGUAACACCCGCCUCUAUGUGGGUCGCUUGUCUUCCAGGACGCGUUCCCGUGAUCUCGAGCGAGUCUUCAGCAGAUAUGGAAGGUUUCUGGGGUUUUGGCCAAAUCUGAAGGUCUGUGGUGGGAGGGUGUCCUUGGUGGAAUUGGUGCAAUCCCCCUAGUAUCUCCUUUGGCGAUUCUUUCUGUAAUGUUAUUGCGUGUUUUUAUGGAAUUGGCAACAAUCACAAACUGGUGUUUAGUUCUGUCUUUGAGGGGCGCAGUAUCAUGCAGUUCCAGUAGUUAAGUAAUGAUGGCCUUACUGUUUAUGGAAACCAUUUCCGCAGAGUUCGAGACGUGGAUAUGAAGCGUGAUUAUGCCUUUGUUGUAAGUUGUCACCCUUUCCCUGUCUCUGUUCUUUAUUCCUUUUGGCUUCUAUUUUUCCUCAUGCUUUUGAUUAAAGGUGGCUUCUAGUAUCUGCUUGGGGGAAAUCAGGUGUAAAUGUUGGCAAGAUUUAUGUGUUGCUUUCCUGCCUUGGUCCUUACAUCUUUUGAACAGGAAUUUAGCGAUCCUCGAGAUGCUGAUGAUGCAAGAUAUAACUUGGAUGGACGUGAUGUUGAUGGAAGUCGUCUUAUUGUUGAAUUUGCAAAAGGGGUUCCCCGUGGUUCUCGUGAAGGGGGCGGGGGCCGGGACCGCGACCGGGAAUAUAUGGGUCGUGGUCCACCUCCUGGAUCUGGACGCUGCUUUAACUGUGGUAUUGAUGGCCACUGGGCUCGAGAUUGCAAAGCUGGGGAUUGGAAGAACAAGUGUUAUAGAUGUGGAGAGAGAGGUCAUAUAGAAAAGAACUGCAAGAACAGUCCCAAAAAGUUGAGUCGACACCCUAGGAGUGAUUCACGUUCACCAGUCAGGUCACGAUCUCCUAGGCGUGGCAGGAGCCGGGAUCGAAGUUACACCCCAGAGCGCAGCUACAGCCGAUCAAGAUCCCCAGUCAGAAGAGAUCGAAGCCCUUUUCCUGAAGAUCGAUCAAGGAGUCCUCCCUCCAGGACAAGGAAGCAUAGUCUAUCUCCUGACCUAGACAGCCCACAGAAGAGAAGUGAUGCAUCUCCUCCUGGCAAUGAUAGGUUGGCCACAACCCGAGAUGGAUCUGACUACAGCGAUGAUGCCAGGGCGAAGAGUAGAAGCCCCGCAAGGGACCUUGAUGAUGAUAGCCCCAAAGCUGACAAUGGGCGUAGCCGCAGUGCUAGCCCUAGGGAUGAUGAUAGGAGCCCCAUUGAAGAAGAUGAUGACAACCACCGUCAAUCUCCGUCACCUUAGAAAGUACUUCUCUUAUAAAUGAGCUCAGGCUGUGUUCCUGGAUUUAUCUUCUUUAUUUAUGAAACUCUGGUGUUUAUUUAUAGUUAUGACUUUUGAAGAUUGGAUUUAUGUAUGCUAUUGUAUUGAUUUUGUUGGUUGCGCUUACAUGCGUGGAGUCUAAUUUGAACUGAUGUGAGUUAAGAGAUAUUUGCUUUAAA